ACUCGGCCACGAACGUGACCCCCUGAACUCCCACAGUGGUCGAUACAAAAUGGCGACUGCUUCCAGUUCCCCAUCUAUACAGGAUCUGUCAGACAGUGGUGACUACUACUUGACUGCAUUGGAUGUGUACGAUCGCGGAAGCGGCAGAAUUCGGAGGAUCUGCGAAUGGGCAGGUGAAAACAUUCCCGCUCUUGCCGACUCUAUUGACGUUUCCCUGUCCAAAGAUUCUGCGUUGAACGUGCUAAGCGUCGGUGGCGGAGACGGAAUGUCUGACAGCACAAUUUUAGCCCGUCUUCUGGACAGGACGCAUCCUAGGAUUCGUGCCGUCAUCCUUGAGCCGGAUUCUCACAUGAUGCAUCAGUAUCAAGACCUGGUCAAGAAGGAGUCUGCCAAGCUACAAGGUGUCAAUUUCGACUGGAGGCAGCAAACAUUCCAGGAGUAUCUAGCCACCGCGGAGGAAGAUGAAAAGUUUCAUUUCAUCAGUUGCAUCAGCUCCAUCUACUACCUUGGAGACCUUGAGGUUGCCCUGAAGCGUCUUUAUGAGAUUUUGGCUGCUGGUGGUAUAUUGCUCGUUACACUUGUUAAAGGAGAUGGGGGUUUCGGAAGACUGUGGCAGUACCACUACAAGUCUGUGCGCACGCAGAAAACAAGGUACAUAACGUCAUCUGAUAUAAAAGAAGCCUGCAGGAGGCAGAGCAUACCCAUCGCAGACACGCAAACAAUCAGGAUCUCUUGCGAUAUCACAGCCUGCUUUGAUCCGCCUCAACAAAUCUCCAAAGACGGGGACCUUCUUCUAGAUUUCUUGACUCACACGGUCAACUUCUCUCGGAACGCCCCGGCUGUAUACCGAGAUGAUCUGCUUCAGUUCUUGGGGAGCGAAGCUUGCACAUACCGGGGCUCAGACGGCGAAGUGAUCUUCAACGGGAACAACGAGGCCGUUAUUAUCCGAAAACAGUAACUGUGAUGGCAUUCAGGCAAAAAUCGUGGUACUUGUAUUUUGGUUUUAUUUGUGUGUGGUAUAGUGUUUCCUUUCGGCUGCGUGCACUUGUGGGGUACUGAAACGGUUUUUUAGUUAUAAAUAAGGGACGUUUGGUCGAAAUUUCACUUAAAGAAAAUGAUUCAGGACCAGAUGGAAGCAAUAAGAAAAUUUUGCUUCGCACACUUAUUUUUUUACACAAAAGUACACGAGAACAAAGGAAAUUCCCCACAAGGAUACAAGUGUAGGAGUGUGUGAGUAACUUUUGGUCAGCCAGCGGCCGGGGUUGGUCUACUUCUGGUGUUUCUUCCAUGAUGCCUAAUAUAGACACUGUGCUUACGUAAACACACUAGUCAAAUUUUAUGUUGUACCGUGGAUCACGUUUAUUCCAAAGUGUAUCUUCAAUUCUUUCUAAUAUUCUGCGAAUUUAAGAGCCGGUUUUUUUUGCCUUGUCACAGCCGGGGGAAAGGGGGGGGGGCGGAAUCUGCCUCCCCCAGAUCUCGGCCAUACGAUGAAUUAUUUCAAUGAAAUUUGGCACGGCCAUAGAGGCAUACAUACUAAUCAUCUGUGUGAAAUUAUAUGUAAAUUAAAAUGUAAAUUAAAGCUUUUGCAUUAUUAUGACUCAUUAAUUAUUCAUGAUACCAAGUUUUUAUCUUCUUUCGAUUGUCGAUGCCGUAUGGAUUGUAUAUUCAGUGGAAAUGAAAACCAGAGAUUCUAUGAGCUGUAUACAGUAAUAUGUAGAAGUAAAUUAUACAAUUAAUAAACCUUCCCCAAAGCAAGAGA